UCAUCUGCCACCGCAGUCUGGCUGUCGUCACCUCCUCUCCUCCUGUAUGCUUGGUGAGGCCUAGGGAGACCGGCGGGGAGCUAGGCCGAGUCCGCAGCCCGGGCCACCGUUGCGCACAAAGCCACCCACCCCGGCUCAGGGCGAGCAGAGCGGCCACCGCCCGGGAGCAGCGCGGCGAGACGCACGGUGCGCCCUAUGCCCCCGCGCCCCCACCGCCCCCGCCGCGGCAGCAGGAGCGCACCGAGAGAACGCGCCACCGUGGGGCCCCGGUGCAGCUAGCGACCCUCGCCCCCAGAGCGCAGCCCGAGGUGAGCAGUGAGCGGCGAGCGGGACGGCAGCGAGGCGUUCGCGGGCCCCCUCCUGCUGCCCGGGCCCGGCCCGCUCAUGGCGGCCAUCCGCAAGAAGCUGGUGGUGGUGGGCGACGGCGCGUGUGGCAAGACGUGCCUGCUGAUCGUGUUCAGUAAGGACGAGUUCCCCGAGGUGUACGUGCCCACCGUCUUCGAGAACUAUGUGGCGGACAUCGAGGUGGACGGCAAGCAGGUGGAGCUGGCGCUGUGGGAUACGGCGGGCCAGGAGGACUACGACCGCCUGCGGCCGCUCUCCUACCCAGACACCGACGUCAUCCUCAUGUGCUUCUCGGUGGACAGCCCGGACUCGCUGGAGAACAUCCCCGAGAAGUGGGUACCCGAGGUGAAGCACUUCUGCCCCAACGUGCCCAUCAUCCUGGUGGCCAACAAGAAAGACCUGCGCAGCGACGAGCACGUCCGCACAGAGCUGGCCCGCAUGAAGCAGGAACCCGUGCGCACGGAUGACGGCCGCGCCAUGGCCGUGCGCAUCCAAGCCUACGACUACCUCGAGUGCUCGGCCAAGACCAAGGAGGGCGUGCGCGAGGUCUUCGAGACGGCCACGCGCGCCGCGCUGCAGAAGCGCUACGGCUCCCAGAACGGCUGCAUCAACUGCUGCAAGGUGCUAUGAGGGCAGCGCCCGCCCCGCCUGCCCCUGCCGGCGCGGCUCCCCUCCUGGGCCCGUCCCCCACGAGCCCAGAGAAGGGGAGACCCGUGUCCGCUAAGGACCCUACCGGACUGCCUGGCAUCUGCUGGCGGCUCUGGCUCGCUCCGAAUCGGCCUGAGCACCGGGCGCCUGCUUCCCAGUGUCUGUGUGCGUCCAGCUGUGUUGCAUAGGCCCGGGCGCCCCGCUGAGUGCCAAGGGUCCCCUGAGCAUGCUUUUCUGAAGAGUCAGGCCUCAGAGUGUGUGGCUGUGUGUCUGUUCGACUCCCUUCGCCCCAUUUACACCCCGCCCCCACCUCUGGUCCCCGGGGGCGAGAUUGGCGCCCGAGUGUGGCCGCGCCCCAUCAGAUGUUCGCCCUUAACCAGCCAGCGCCUGCUAUCCCUUGUCUGUAACAUAGACCCCGGGAACUGCGGGAGGGGAGGGCUGGGAGGAUGGGGGGAUGUUAUAUAAAUAUAGAUAUAAUUUUAUUUUCGGAGGUAAGAUGAUGUUAUUUAAUGGUGGUGGUGGGUGGAGUGACCAGGGCGCUAAAACAGCUCUGGCCCUGGCCGGGUCAGGCGCCCAUCCAAGAAGGAACAGGACUUGGCCAUCUUUCCAACUCCUGGGGAAGACAUUUGCAACUGACUUGGGGCUGAGAGGACACAGCUUCCGGACACAGCGUCUCCUGCGGGCCAGCCCCGGGCGAAGCCCUCACCAGCCACCGGCGGGAGGAGAGAGGGUGCACUGCGGGCUUGUUGUUGCCAUAAGCGAACUUUGUGCCUGUCCUACAAGUGAAAAUUGUUUAGUCCAAGAAACUGAUGUUAUUUGAUUUAUUUAAAGGCUAAAACUUGGUUUUUCUUUUGGAAAAAAAUUCUUUGCACAAUUGUUUCAUUGUUUGACACUUAAUGCACUUGUCAUUUGCAUAAGACAGUAGCAUUCUGACCACACUUGUACGCUGUAACCUCAUCCACUUGUGAUGUUUUUAAAAAAAUGUUGAUGACUUUUAAAAAACAAGGAUAGGGGAAAAAAAACCCACUAAUUUUUGCUUUGUUUUCUUGAAAAAGGCAGCAACACUGUUUUGCGAUUUUAUUUGUGCAGGUUAUGCACACUAUUUUGAUAAAGGGCAGUAACAAGUAUUGGGGCCUAUUUAAAACUUCUUUUUUUUUUUCACAAGGCAGUGUCUAAAGCUAUGUGAAGUUUUCUCUGCAUCUCUGUACAGAGAAUAAACCUGUCCCUAUUUUCUUCCCCUUCCCUCCCGCCCAGUGGUACUUCUACUAAAUUGUUGUCUUGUUUUUUAUUUUUUAAAUAAACUGACAAAUGACAAAGUGGUGAGCUUAUGAUGUUUACAUAAAAGUUCUAUAAGCUGUGUAUACAGUUUUUUAUGUAAAAUAUUAAAAGACUAUGAUGAUGACAUUUAUAAAA